AUGUACUUUGAGCAGAAUCACGUGGCCUUGCUGCGGCAGCGAUGUGACCAUGGAUUUUCGCGUGCGGCGCUGGCUGCCGAGUCCCGAGUUCGCAACAUUAUAAGAGUAACUUUUGGCGAAUGGGUAAGGGAGGAGGAGGUGGAGCCCCGCCGGGCGGAGCCUCCCCUCGUCCGGGUCCGGCUGCACGUCCACUACCGCGUCCACUCCCGCCAGAUGCUGUGCGUGGCAGGCUCCGCCAUCCCCUUUGGCUGGUCCUUCCUCUCCAUCGCCAAGGUGCCCAUGUCCUGGGCGCCGGACGACCUGUGGGGCGUGGAGGUGGAGCUCCUGCCGGGGACGAAGCUCGACUACAAGUAUGUCAUCCUGGAGGAACAGGACUGGACGCAGCAGGUGAACGAGGCCGCAGAGGGGCGGAUGGCCAUUGUUGCCUGGCAGCCCGGCCCCAACCGCCAGCUCAGCGUGCCCACGGAGGAGGAGCUGGCGGCGCUGAAGCCCGGGGUCAGGCUGGACCGGGCCCCUCCCCCCCACAGUGCCGCCGCCAGCGGCCCCACCGCCGGCGGCUCGCCCAUCGGCGGGGGGCAGAGGGGGUACGGCGCGCAAGCUCUGGGUCGGACCAGGUCGGCCCAGCCGCCACCCUUCACGGGGAGCGGUGCCGCCGCCAGCAUGCCGCCGCGCCAGGAGGAGCUGACGGGGAUGUGGGAGGUGCUGACGCUGGAUGCCGACGGCCGCCCUGCGCUGGAGAGAAGGGAUGUGUGGGGGAGGGAGGAGCCCCCGCCCCGCUCUGUAGGGCGAAGCACCUGGUCAGAUGGGCUGUAG